AUGCUCAUGGAUUUCAACUCAAUCCCGACAUCCAAGGAUGCUCGCCAGCCAAGGUCUGACCAUCGCCGGACACGGUUGCAAACCGUCCUGGGCGGAUAUGCCGACCAACAGCGUCGUGACGAUCUCGGCUCUCGAGUCGAAGAAAAGACAGACCUUCAGAGACAGCGUAUCUGGGCCCUCUGGCUUGAUUUCUUCCAUAGGAUCAUGGAUGAUAUUAUCGACCCGGCACAGAUCUGGAUCGAUCUGUGUCUGUGCAAGCCCGAGGCGCAAGACUACUGUCAGCUAUUCUUGCAUAACUACGCCGAAGAAGGGACAGAGUAUAUGGUCUCUCUAAACGACGAAGGCUUUGAUGAGGUUCCAACGGUUGCCUCUGCGAAGACUGUGCUAGAUGCUUGGAGAGAUCUAAUUGUGCACGCGGACAAAACAAUACUGAGGGACAAGCGAGCCGAGGAUCCAGCGCGGGCCGCGCAGUGGACACUUCGUCUCCCAGUUAAAGACACGGGGAGAGCCAACGGUAGCCCACUCAGCCAAAUAUCGAGGUGGAUCGCAGAAGAUUUGGCGCCUCAGCAGGGGCUCUCUCUCACUCAGACGUUUGAGAAGAGGGAAGCGACCUCAGACGAUGUGUUGCUCAUCCUCAGCACGUUGUGGGGCCGAAGUCGAGACAUCAUCUUGGAACCUCGCCUCCGCAUCAGCUUUCACGGGAUCCUUCUGCUAUCUGCAAUGGGCGGCUUUCGGAUCGGUGUGGUGAAGGACCUGAAGUAUCGCCAAUGCUAUUGCUACAUCUGGCUAUGUUCGUUUCUUAUCGUCCUUAGAUCCUCGAUAUAG